GUGAGACAUGGAUGUGAGUGGAGUGUUGGAGCUGCUGCUGCUUCUGAGUCUGAGUCUGUGGGAAGCGCAGGGGGAUCGACAUACCGUCUUCUGGAACAGCAGCAACACUAGGUUUGUGCAGGAGGAUUACACGGUGCAGGUGAGACUCAAUGACUACCUGGAUAUCGUGUGCCCACAUUAUGAGGAGGGCAGCGUGGCCGGGCACACCGUGGAGCGUUACACCCUGUUCCUGGUGGACUACGAGGAGUACGAGACCUGCAAGCCCAUUUCCAAGGACCAAGUGCGCUGGGAGUGCAACAAGCCCUUUGCCCCACAUGGGCCGGAGAAAUUCUGCGAGAAAUUCCAGAAAUUCACUCCCUUCACCCUGGGCAAGGAGUUCCGCGAAGGCGGCACCUACUACUAUAUCUCCAAACCCAUCCACCACCACGGCGAGAGCUGCAUGAGGCUCAGGGUCCACGUGGCGGGAAGAACAACUCUGCCUCCUGCUAUAAACGUUCACACACCGAGAGCCCGAAUCCAAUCUGAUGAACCAGAUGUUCCGCUCCCCGGGGUCAUGAAGAGCGUGGCCGGUAACUCUGCUGCACCAGGAACUCCCUGCACCCUGUAUGGGCUGCUGCUGCCUGCACUGCUGCUCCUGCUCAGAUUGUGAUGGGACAGGACCCAGACAGUCGGGAUUACUCUGUUACCCCAGGAAGGAGCUGGGCCGGGCGCACAGGAAAUUUAGACGUGACAGCGCCCCCCAGUGGACCCCCAAAGAGCCAAAUGACCAAAGGACAAAUCCAAAGGAUUGUGACAAUGGUGCACUUUCUCCACACAAGGGAAGGCCACGCCCAUGCAAUGCUUAUCCCCGCCCCCAGCAGAACCUUGCAGGUUGAGGUCUGCAUCGGACCCGCCCCCACGGAGCUGGUGGCAGAAGAGGGGCCAGUAGGAGGGACUUACAGCAGGACAAGAACAGUAUUUGUUUUUCUACCCAGUCUGGUGCCAUCGCAGGAAUCGGUGGUGCCAAUAUGUACAGUGUAAAUACAGAGAGUUUAUACAGAUUUUAUUUAUAGGACUAACCCUCCUGUGUGCCAGGAGACAGGACUCUAACACCCACCCCCCAUGAGACAGGACUCUAAACCCACCCCCCAGAAGACUGGACUCUAACACCCACCCCCCAGAAGACUGGACUCUUAACACCCUCCCCCUGGACAUUGGACUCUAACAACAACCCCCCUGGAGACUGGACUUUAACCCACCUAGCCCUGUACCCCAAUACCCCAACCCCCCAUGAAAGGAAUGUACAGAUGUAGAAUUAUGUUUUUUUUACUCUCAAUAAAAAGAAGAUUUCUAUGAAA